CAAAACAAAACAAUGGAUUGCAGACCAAGAAAUUGCGUGUGCCAGCUGGACAACAGAACCUCAGGUUUAUUUCUUCCUCCACAAUCCAAAACCUUUCCCCCCAAAUUCCUCCCCCUCCUAUUCGAGUCAGGCUUCUCUCUCUCUGCGUGCGAAAUGAGUGGCAAUGGCGGCGGCGGCCGACCCGGAAUCGGUCCCGGGCCGGACCUCCUACUGACAGCAUCCCAACACUUCCUCAACAGCCGCAACUUCGACGCCUGCCGUAAAUACGCACUCCGAGCCCAAGCCACCGACCCAACCAACCCCGGCGCCGCCCAGAUCCUCUCCGUCGCCGACGUCCUCUCCUCCGCCGCCGAAUCCCGCGUCAUCAACUGCCCAAACUGGUACUCCAUCCUCGGACUGGGAAAAAACUCAGAAGACCCAAACCUCAUCAAAACCCACGUCGAUUCCCUCAGUCUCCUCUUAAACCCUAGCAAGAAUAAAGUCCCUCUGGCCGGUGAAGCCUUCGGGCUCGUGCGAAGCGCGUGGGCCGUCCUGUCGGACCCCGUUAAGAAAGCCCAGUUCGAUAGCGAGUUGGGAGUUUGUGAACCGGAAGAUAUCAAAAUCAAAAUGGAGGGACAAUGUGGAUCCGGUUCGGGUCAGGAGGGUACGUUUUGGACCAUGUGUCCGUACUGUUACUACGUGUAUGAGUAUCCUAGGGUUUACGAGGAGUGCUGUUUGAGGUGCCAUAAUGAGAGUUGUGGGAGGGGUUUUCACGCUGUGGCGAUUCGGGCUCUGCCGCCGCCAGCGGUUUUGGAGAAGGGGGGGUAUUUGUGUCGAGGGUUUAUUCCAGUUGGGUUUGAGGAGGGUGGUAAAGGGUUUUCAUCUUGGAACCCUUUUGGGCCCACUCCGAAGGGGGCUGGUCAAGAAGAGUUGGAGGAGGAGAAAACUGAUGUACCUAAGGGUAAUAACAAUGGGUUUAAAAAUAUGGACAGUUUUGUUGAAAUUUCUGAUGACAGUGAUGGUGAACUCAUGGGUGAAAGUAAUGGUGAGAAACUGCAAGGAGAGGGGUUGAAGAAUGGGGAUGGGAUGACUGAUGGGUGUGGGAUAAGUACUUGUAAAAUGGGUGUUACCGGCGGUGUGGUGAAGCCGGUGCUGAGGAAGAAAACGGUGGCGAGGAAUACGAAGAAGGUGAUGGGGAAAGGGAUUAGAGUUAAGAUGCACAGGACUGUUGCUGGGAGCUGUGACGGGGUGGAGAUGGGUUUGGGUUCGGGUGAGAAUGAUGGGAAUUUGGGUUGUGGGAUCGCAAUUGCUGGAGGAGUGGAGUUGGGAAGUUGGGGUGACUCUGGAAUGGAGGAAAUCCAGUUUUUUGAGGGACUGGAUGAUGUCUUUGUGGGUCUGCAGGAUGGUUUUUGAUGUGGGAAUGGGAAUGGUAAGGCAUGGUAGGAUGGUUGGUAUAGCACAGAUGCCAAGGUAGAUAGUACAGCACUAUAGUGGAGUAGAUGGAACGUUAGGUGACAACUGAGAUGUUUUUCUUCCGCUUGUUGCCUUCUUGUUAAAAAGUAGUAGUAAUACAAACGUUGCACUAUGGUUCUAGUUGGUUCUAGUUUAGACUUGUUUUGCGUAUUUUUGCAUUCUGAUGCAGAGAAUUUUAGAGCUCA